AUUCUCUUUUAUUUCAGAUGAUGCAAAACAUCACCCCGACAUGUUAUGAAAAACGCAGCACACAAACGCAGCGCAGUAGAUUUUGCGUACAACUGUUCUCCUCAGUCCACAAAGCUGACCAUCCUAAUCAAUCCAAUCACAGCUGGCAAGACUGUAUUAAGCGGAAUACCUGUCAGCAUGGGUCUGGUGGGGGGUGAUGAAUAUCCAGAAGACAAUCAAGACUCUGUGCUCCCCCUGCCGCUCUCUUUAGCCUGCGAUUAUUACCCCGUUUACACUGUGAGAGGCGGUAUUCUAACGGGUUGAGAUACCUAUAUGCAAUCGAGCCUUUCUGCGCAUGUGCAGUUCCACCGUCUUGGGAGUAGGGUUAGGUUAAAGGGGUUAUGGUUAGGGUGAGGGUUUUAGGGUUUUUGGGGGGUUGUGGUUAGGACUAUCAGCACUACGGUAGCCUAACUCGACAGAACACCAGAUGUGGAAAUCGCGCCUACAAACCUCUGGGUAUGAACCUUCCGAUCACAGAAACAGUCCUCGUCCACAGAGCUUAAUUAUGGAGGACACUCCCCCUCCUGGUGUGAGGAAGAAAAGGGGAAGAUCAUAAAGGGAAGAAAGUGUAUUUCACAACACUUUGUGAUAGAUAAGCCUCACUCUAAGGCAGCAGCGCUAUAUCGUGAGGCUGCUUCCACACCAUGCUGCCGCUUAACUCCUCCAGCUCUAACCACACCAUCUUCAACAAGGGCAACAUCGGCCCAUGUGCGAUUGUGAGCCUCUGUUGUUUGGUGGGCAUCUGCGGUAACGUGGCAGUUGUCUUGGUGAUAGCUCGCAAGUUCAGGAGAGGCGACAAGAACUUCACCCUGAAGCUGGUGCUGAACCUGGCCAUGGCUGAUCUCCUGUCCCUCGUCACGCUGCCUGUGUGGAUCCACAGCUGGCUGUUUGGCUGGGUGCUGGGCGUCAAGGCCUGCAGGUUCUUCUCUUACUUGAUCAUCGGCAGCCUGUACUGCAGCGUGCUGACGGUCACCCUGAUGAGCGUACAGAGAUACCUGGCAGUCCUCUACACCAGGCAGUGGAUGAUGCUUCGUGGGGCUGGGGAGAGGAUAUUACUGGCUUCUCUGUGGGGGCUGUCAGGGAUCCUGGCUUGUCCAGCCCUUGUGCUAGGAGAUGUGGUUGGGGAGGAGAUGCGUUGCCGUUGGAAAUACAGAUCAGUGGGUGAGAUGGUUCUCACCAUAUCCAUGGAGACGUUAUGGGGCUUCAUCGUCCCUUUCACCAUCCUGGUCACUUCCUAUGCAUGCCUUCAUCAGAAGGUAAAUGAAACUGCUUUCUUCAGCAGCCCCAGGUUGACCAAACUGGUGACAAGCAUUGUUGUGACCUUCUUCGUCUUGUGGUGUCCUCUUCACGUUGUCAACAUCAUGGGCAUCUGUGGCCAACUGCUGAAGUCCGAGUACGUGAACAACAUCUGCGAGACCGGCUGGGGAGUCACUCAGGCGCUGACGUUCAUCAACAGCUGCGUGAAUCCCUUUCUCUACGCCUUUGCUUUCCGGAAACGUAACAAAAAGACGGAGCAGUCAACCCAGUCCAAGAUAACACAGUAUACUUAAAUAUACAGUUCGUGAUGCUCAUUCGCAGUGUUCAUUUUAUGAACUCCAUGAUUUAAAUCCAUUUCCUAACCAAUAUUCCUGGUAAGGAUUACAGUAUUAAAAUGCUAAAGCAAAUUCUUACCAUUGCUGUAAUAUUCUGCUUAUUUUUAUCUUUUCAAAUAUUUCAGUGUUUAUGCAUUUAUCUUUUAUUUGUUCUAUCUAUACAAUAUCAGCAAUAUAUUAGUAAUGACAUUGUAACAGUCGUGACAAUGAUUUCUCAAGAGAUUUAAAUUUCUGUUUUUCUUUUUAAUUAUCUGAUUCUGUGGCCAUUCCCAUGGAACCAGAACAGUGUUAUUUGAGAGUAUAAAAUGUGGAAAGUGAAAUGUAUUUUUAUGGUCCUUAACAUUUUUCAAGGGGGUAACUUCUUUUAUUAACCGUGGCACACAAAGUGAAAACAUUAUUAUCCUCCAAUAACAUCACCUAAAACACCAUAUAAUUAUCAGUAAGAGUGAUACUAAUGUUAAAUUGCCAUCAAAUUAUUAUAUAUUAACCUACCUCCUUCAUAUCACUGGUAAUGUAACAUGUCUUCUAUUACAAUAAUAAAAGAAUAAACAUUUUUAAUGAAAAAAUA